AAGGCUUGCCUCACACUAAAGAGGCCGUCCGGGAGAUGGCCCUUUCGCUCGGCUCGCUCAGCUUUUGUUCAUUGAGCCGACGCACUGAUACUAGGGACGACGCAUGAGGCGGAAGUCGGCUCGGCUCAGAGUCGGGAUUGUGAUCGCCCAGAGCAACUCGCUCGCGCGCGAGGAGGUCGAGCUCCGCGCGACGGGCGGGAUGCAUGACAAGAGCCCGUCGACGUUGGUGCAUGGCUGCGAUCGCGAGUACUUCCGGGCAUGCUGGAGCUCAGAGCUCACCUUGCGAGCCUGGCCCUUUUCCCUUCUCCAUUGUGCAGUGUCCGAAUCGCCGUUCGGCGUCAGACUAGACAGUCGUAUGUUUUUGCCAUGUCAGGGUGGAGAUCAUCGGCGGCGGGUUUCAGGGUUGCUAGUCGUGAGGUUGUCAGGCCUAGCCAUGCUUUCAAGACACCACGCCGUGGCAAGCAGCUUGCAAUUUGCGCGAGUGCUGAGUCAAGGCGCCGUGGCGAACGCACCAAAGCUUGCGCUUCCUGCUGCUUCUCGAUUCGAGCAGAUUUCAAUCCUGGCAAGACAAUCAAAAAAUCGCGAAUGCCCGCCGCAUUACGUAGACAAGGACCCCCUGCGCCGGUCACAAUCUAAUGACGUUCGACAUUCAGGCAAAACUUGACAGAAAUUCGCUUCCGCAUGAAUCGUUGCGCGUAGGAGCCGGUGCGCACAUGCGCGGAGGCCCCUUGCUGUUGAGGUGAUUCAAAUGUCCUCGGAGACACGAAGUUAUCAACGUCGGCCCAAGCGUCGGAUUUGAACACAGUUUGCUUCACCGAGUAGAUCGCUUUGAGGGCUCAUGAGACCGCGAUGAUAUGUCGGG